UAGUAUCAAACAGCAAGUAGACCAAGGCGAGAGAAAAGCAUAGAAGGACACAGAAGGAGUUGAUAUUCGGAGAUUAGGGUAACGGACGAGGUGUAGUAGUAAAUGCGGGAAGAUCAGUACUUAGGCAGCGGGCGCAUCGUCAUCGGCAGAAAGCUCGGCGGCUCCACGCGUGCUGGCAGCAGUGAGCUUCAACUCAACCAUUCAUCAGUCCCUCUCCUUCACCACCUCACGCUUCCCCCCUCAACCCUCAGUCCUCCACAUCUUCUUGCUUCUCACUUCUCGAAUCCUCUCGCUCUUCUAGCUUGGAUUUUGUUUUUAUCUACUCUAGCAAAUUAAUCAUGGUAUGUCUUCUGUACCAUUCUUCUUUCCCUGAUCGAGCAAGCUGACAAUCCCUCUAGAGUUCGCCCUUCGAUAUCAG